AUGGCGUCGCAGCUUCUGGAGCCCUCUUUUGGCGUCGGCACCUCCCACACCGCCGUUCCAGAAUCUGCGAGUAUGUAUGUCUUCCUCGAUAGCAAAAUCGAGUUGCUAGCCGAGUUGAAGAAUACCACUGCAGCUAGAGAGGAGGUUGAGCUGUGCCCUCGGGAGCAAGAGGGUUCCAUCGAUGGCACCAGUCCCCAGUUUCUCGUAGCUUUUUCCCAUGAUGGUAUUCUUCAACGUAUGGCAUCGCUUAGCUUCUUGGACGGUGCUUUUGACGAGGAGUCAUUGGAAGAGGAUGAUACACAGAUGGAGGGAUCUGUAAAGGAGAAGACAUGGGAUCCAGAAGAAACAGAGGAACCAGAGGACGAGUCACAGUACUCAGAUGAUACAUGGCUGGAGGAAGCUGUGGAGGAGAAGACUUGGGAACCGGAAGAAACAGAGGAAUCAGAGGACGAGUCACAGGACUCAUAUGAUACAUUGCUGGAGGGAGCUGUGGAGGAGAACACCUGGGAACCGGAAAUAACAGAGGAACUUGAGGACAAGUCAAAGGACAUGGAGGGGAAAUGGCUGGAGGAACCUCAGAAGGAGGGAACAUGGGAACUGGAGGGAACGGAAACUGAAACUGAAUCAGAAGAGGAGCGGAUGAAUGAAAACUUCUCAGUCACGCUUAGAAUUUGGUCAACCAGGGCCAAUCUGGUUUUCUAUGAUUCGACUGGUUGGAUAUUCACAAAAGCCUAUUCUCUUCAGUGGCUUUCGAUUAAAGCGAUGGAAUCUUUGGUACGAGAAAUGAAAGAAUCGAGGCACAUUCUGAAUUUUGAUGCCUCCACAAUUCACAAUCAACAAUCAAUUGGGAGAUGCCAAUUUGAGGGUCUAGUGGUCUCCUCAUGUGCAAUAGAGACCUUCAUUGAAACACAGAUAUCUCCUAGCUUUAUUGAUUUUGAAUUGGAGAAAUGUUUAGUUAACAUUUGCAGAGAGGUUACCAUUCUAUCUAGCCUUAGAAAUGAAUACAUUGUCAAGUUUUCACAGGCAUGGGUUGAAUCUAAUAUUGAUGUGGAGUACAAAGAAGCAAGUGAAGAUGGCUCUAUAAUAGGUGAUUUUGGGCAGUCUUGCUUUCGCCCAAAUGAUUGUCCUACGUUCACAGCCACACCAAAUCUUGGGACACUUGGAUAUGAAGCCCCAGAACUUGAAGCUGGUAAAAAUAUUUCAGAAAAGGUGGAUAUCUUCCCGCUUGGAAUAAUGUACUUCUCGCUGUUCAUUAGUUAUGCAACUUUAGUCCAGAGGCAUAAUGAGUACAUACAAUUCAAGAACGAUACUUCUCGAAAGAACUGGGAAUGCUUAUCAUGGCAGGGCGACUCUUCAUUUUGCAUGGAGCUAACUGCAGAAGAUCCACUAAAGCGUCCCUGUGCUGCUGAUAUCCUAGAGAGCCUACACAAAAGAACUAGGCUGAGUCAAAAGUGCGAGAAAAGCACUAAGAAUGAUGUUAAGAUGAUUGAAAACGAGGGUUGUGAAACUCAGUCUGAAGAGGAGCUCCGUCAAACCUGCCAUCACCGUGGCCACCUAGGCCUGCGAUCAACAGAAGAAAUUUGGAAACAGGUGGCCGCUUUCCGGCGGCUUGGUGUCCUGACAAUGGUGGUGUGUCGUUCCUGGAACCCGGGCCGGCGGCCCUGGGUGCUGAGGCUGCACGGUUGGCUCUAUGGCGAGCGCUGUUGCAGCGGUGGUGUCUCCUCUUGGCUAUGUGGGCAACAAGGGGAGGCUGUCGGAUCUUUGUCAAGAUCUGUCAUAUCUCACUACAUCAGCAACAAGGUGCGCCAGGGGAAGUUGCCCAGGCAACCCGGCAACGACUCAAGGCAAGACGACACCGGGAACGCCCAUUUCAUCUUGCUCGUGUCCGGCAAGCGGGGACAGCAAGCCACCGCCCCCAACGUGUGGCGUGCUAGUUCUGUGCAUCAGACCUUGCACGACACGUGCCGGCUGUGCAGGCGUGCCAGUGGAGUUACAGCGGCAUGGGAGCUGAUUCACCACUCCGCUUACCAUGUGGUAGCGUCCUCAACGCUGGCGUCGGGUGGCCCUGGUGUUCUCCUAUCUUUUGCACGUAUCCCCGUGGUCUCCUUUCUUGGUCCUUGCAAUCUUGUGGCAGGAGCGACACUCCACGACCCGAUAGAACUGUAUAACUCCAUGAUUGAAAAAGAUACUACAAAGGAAGCUAAUAGAGCAUAUAUGGCUGCUAGAGAGGAGUCAGAUGAUGCCGUUAAGGUUGCUUUAAAAGAAGAUGUUCCUUUAGCACUGAUUGAGAAGGUUGAUGCUAUGUUUCAAAAAUAUGAGAAAGAUAUUGAUGGUGUUGAUGCACAAACCGGAAACCACUUGCAACUGAGCUGGGAUCAUGAUGGUAAGGUGACCCCUAAGGAGGCAGCAGCAGCGAAAGGUUGCAUAGAGAAGGGAGGCAUCCAAGAGCUUAUCAGCGAGCUCUCUAAAGACAAAGGUCCUUGCAAGGACUUCCCUCUUCUCUUCAUGAUAUUGCAUGGCCAAUUAUUCUCAUUUUUUUCUGACUAUUUUCUAAUGCCUACAGAAGGAACGAUUUCUCUGUAA